UUUUACUUCCUGUACAACUGCCAGUCAGCCAGUCCUUGGCCAGUGGUUGGACAAAAUCUGGUAGACACGCCUACUGUCAGUCCUGUUCCUUUGCCAUGUGGGUGGGAAGUUACUGUGUGUAUGGAGCUGAGCUACGUUCUCUUUAGUGGGAAAAGCUGCAGACCUUCCAAUGCAGAGGACUGUUGUGGUGGCUGGUGGCGGCAUCAGUGGGCUUUCUGCUUGCUAUCACCUUGCUAAGGAUGGGGGGCUUUCCAAGGUGAUAUUAGUAGAGGGGAGUAGCCGGCUUGGCGGAUGGAUGCAUUCUACGAGGACAGAAGAUGGCGCCAUUUUUGAGCAUGGACCCAGAGCAAUCCGACCAGCAGGUGUUGUAGGAAGGAAUACACUGAGUUUGGUGUCAGCACUUGGACUUGAAAAUUCAAUUCUGCCAGUGGUAGGAAGUAACCCGGCAUCAAAGAACCGUUACCUCUAUGUGAACAAGUCUCUGCACAAGCUCCCCUCUAGUUUAGGCGGUGUUCUGCGCACCAUUCCACCCUUUACCGAACCAUUAUUCCUCUGUGGUCUUCGUGACUUUACAGCCCCAAGGGGAUCACAGGAAGAUGAAAGCAUCCACUCAUUUGUCACACGUCGCUUUGGAAAAGAGCUUGCUGACAUCGUCAUAGACAGCUUAUGCCGGGGAGUUUUUGCUGGUGAUUCCCGAAGUCUGAGCCUGCGCUCGUGUUUUCCCUUUUUGUACCAAGCAGAACGCAGGAAAAGAUCCGUCAUUCUGGGAAUGGCAACAGGUGGAGCUGAGAAGGGACCCCAGGUGGACUCAGAGCUAAUUAGAAGAUCCAAGAAAGAGAGAUGGAGUCAGUGGUCACUCCGUGGCGGUAUGCAGGCGCUAUCUGAAGCCCUUGAAGGAUUCCUACGAGAAAGAGGUGUAGAAAUUCAUAAAGAUACUCCUGUGAGGCAGCUGGAGAGGACAGCUGAUAAUCGCUGGAAGGUCACGCUUGCUGAUGGCAGCAUCACUGCAGAUCAUGUGUUCAGUGCUCUUCCAGCCAAAGCCCUCAGCCAACUCCUUCCCACAGAGGCCGAACCUUUGGCAAGAGAGCUGCGUCAAAUGAGCACUGUGACAGUGGCUGUCGUGAAUUUGGAAUAUGAUGGGACCAUAAUGCCAGUUAUGGGCUUUGGACACUUAAUCCCGUCAUCAGAGGACAGUGUAAUUCUAGGGAUAGUUUACGAUUCUGUGGCUUUCCCACAGCAUGACCGUCAAGGAUCCAAAUCCACCAGGGUGACAGUCAUGAUGGGAGGUGCUUGGUUUGAGAGCAGCCUUGGCCCUCCAGAAUCUGUGUCUUCUGAGAAGCUCCUACAUCUGGCUACACAGGCCGCAGCAACACAGCUGGGAGCAACAGAGAAGCCAAGCCGAGCUAUUAUACACCUCAACAAGGACUGUAUACCUCAGUACACACUAGGACAUUGGAAGCGGUUAGAUAGUAUCUCUACCUUCAUCAACCAACAUUCUUUGCCAUUCAGCCUUAUUGGAGCAUCAUAUGAGGGGGUCUCUGUUAAUGACUGCAUUUACAAUGCUAGAAAUGCCGUGCAAAGCUUGCUGGGUACUCAGAGUGCAAAGUGAAUCACAUUACAGCUGCAUAUCAAGCCUGGACAACAACUAUCUGGUACUUCUGUGUGUGCAGAAGAUCUGUGACUGAAAAGCAAUGUUCCUUGUAGUCAGAUAUACACAUUACUAUGUGUGACUGGACAAAGAUUUCUAAGAUUGCCAUGAAGAGAUAUGUAAAGUGAAUGGAUGUCAGAGAUGUUUAGUCUAGAACUCAGUUAAGAAAAACACAAAGAGUGAAAAAUACUGCUAUUUGGCCCAAAUAACAGUAUGAUGGAAAUUUCAAAUCUUCAUAUAGUAUAUAAAAAUAAUUGUAGUUGCAGAAAGUAAGCACUGACUCAUAUUUUUGCAACUACAAUUAUUUUUAUAUACUAUAUGAAGAUUUGAAAUUUCCAGCGUCCUGUUUGGGCCGAAUCGAAUAGUGAUAUUUUUCCCUCUUGCGUUUUUCUUGUAUAGAGUAUCCUUGUGUUUUUUGGAAUCUCGCUAUAGUGCUUUAGCGGUCUAGCACUGUUUAAAUACCGUACAUCAGUAAGAGCACACAGCAUUUGUUCUUGUGUGGAUAUAAUUCAGUUCAUACCAAUAAAGCAACAUAACACCA